CGUCGCCGCGCGUGCGUUCCUUUCCACGUGCGAAAGCAGCAGACUCGUGUAUCCUGGGACGCUGCAGGGUCCUGAACAGCGGAGCUGAGCUCUCGCCAUGAAGCCAGGUUUCAGCCCCCGUGGGGGCGGCUUCGGUGGCCGAGGAGGCUUUGGUGACCGUGGUGGACGCGGUGGAGGCCGAGGAGGCUUCGGUGGGGGCAGAGGUCGUGGUGGAGGCUUCAGGGGCCGUGGCCGAGGAGGAGGAGGAGGAGGAGGAGGACGAGGUGGUGGAGGGUUCCAGUCUGGGGGUAACCGGGGUCGUGGUCGGGGAGGCAAGAGAGGAAACCAGUCAGGGAAGAAUGUGAUGGUAGAACCCCAUCGGCAUGAAGGUGUCUUCAUUUGUCGAGGAAAGGAAGAUGCGCUUGUCACCAAGAACCUGGUCCCCGGAGAGUCAGUUUAUGGAGAGAAGAGAGUCUCCAUUUCGGAGGGAGAUGACAAAAUCGAGUACCGUGCCUGGAACCCCUUCCGCUCCAAGCUGGCAGCAGCAAUUCUGGGUGGCGUGGACCAGAUCCACAUCAAGCCUGGGGCCAAGGUGCUCUACCUCGGGGCUGCGUCCGGCACCACCGUCUCCCACGUCUCUGACAUCGUUGGCCCGGACGGUCUGGUCUAUGCAGUUGAGUUCUCCCACCGCUCUGGCCGUGACCUCAUUAACUUGGCCAAGAAGAGGACCAACAUUAUCCCUGUUAUUGAAGAUGCCCGGCACCCACACAAAUACCGCAUGCUCAUCGCAAUGGUGGAUGUGAUCUUUGCCGAUGUGGCCCAGCCAGACCAGACCCGGAUUGUAGCCCUGAAUGCCCACACCUUCCUUCGUAAUGGAGGACACUUUGUGAUCUCCAUUAAGGCCAACUGCAUUGACUCCACGGCCUCUGCGGAGGCCGUGUUUGCCUCGGAAGUGAAAAAGAUGCAGCAGGAGAACAUGAAGCCCCAGGAGCAGUUGACCUUAGAGCCAUACGAAAGAGACCACGCUGUGGUGGUGGGCGUGUACAGGCCACCUCCCAAGGUGAAGAACUGAAGCCCAGUGCCGUCUGUAUUGAGAUUGUGUUGCUACUGUUACACGUGUGUUUUUUCUAUUAAAAGACUCAUCCAUUGCUCCUUU